AUGCGCUUCUCGGCUUUGAUUGCCGGCGGCUUGGCUGCCCUGGCCACGGCGGCUCCGGUCAUGGUCACCCGCACUGUUGUCAAGGUCGUCACCCACCAUGGACCCAGGCCCACCGACUUCGUCAACAAGCACGUCGUGGAGUCUCCUCGUGUCGUCGUCAUCACCAAGGCUGUUACCGUUACCGCCUCGCGCCCUCCCGUCGUCUUCCUCAGCACGGCCAAGCCUACUCUCCCGCUCCAGUCCAGGCCCCCCUCCAUCCCUUCGACUGCCAUCUCCUACCAGCGUGCUGGUGUCUUCAAGAAGGUCCAGCCCCCUGCCUACACGGCCCGUGCCAGUUCCGGUUCUAGCAGCAACGGUGUUGGCAGCGACUGCGGUGCUCUUCACCCUCAGGACCCCCAGCUCUGCCAAGAUUCGCUGGAUGCUCACAACCGUCACCGUCGCAACCACACCGUUCCCGAAAUGAAGUGGUCCAAGGACUUGUUCCAGAGCGCCUUCUUCGUUGCCUCGCGCUGCAACUUCAGCCACCUCAUGGACUACAACGGUGGAGGCUAUGGCCAGAACCUUGAGAUUGGCAGUCCUAGGGGCGAGAUCCAGAGGGCCAUCACCAAUGGCUGGUACAACUCGGAGGUUGGCUACUGGCCCGACGAAUACUAUGGCCAGCCGACGCCCCCCGACAUGAUCGACCCCUCCAGCACGACUUGGGAGCGCUACGGUCACUUCACUCAAGUCAUCUGGGCCGACUCGGACGAGGUCGGAUGCGCCCAGGCUGAGUGCCCCAGGCUCGGAUGCAGCCCCUCCAUGGACGAGUGCCAUGACGGCUACCUUCCCGACGGCAAGUACGGCCGUUACCUGACGGUCUGCAACUACAAGAGUGCCGGCAACGUCAAGGGCGCCUUCGACAAGAACGUCAUCCGCCCUCCCGUUGACGAAGAGACCUACACUGCCGUCUAA